AUGGAAUGGAAUGAGCGAUGGGUGAUUAAAAGGAUCGUGAUGCUUCAAGAGCAAGCCGGAAACGAGUGUAGAGGCGUCAUAGACAAUAGUCAUCGCGUCUGCUUCAAGCCGAGGAUGAUGACGAUAAAAUGGUCGAUCUACGGUUUCAAAAGAAAAGUUCUUGGAUCGAGCUUCCCGAACGUCCUCGUCCACACAUCAUGGAUAUUCAACAAAUCAGGGAUACGUGAAGUAGUGUCGACUGGGAACGGUGACGAUGGAGGGAUCGAGAAGGGAAAAGGGCGAAAGGAAAUCUUCAGAUGGGAGGAAGAUGGAACCGAUGAGGGGGAAAAAGUGGGAACAGGGCAGCAGAGGGCUCCUUUUAUGAUCGAAAAAAUCGCUCACGGAAACAAUCUUAGGUCAUCAAGGAUUCAGUGA